AUGGACAGUGGUCAUCUUAGUGUAUUUCUAUGUAACACAAGGACAAAGAAGAGGAUAUAUACAGAUGCGGCCAAUUAUGAUGGUGGUCACUACCCGGCUAUCAACAUGAUGUCCGAAAUUCGAAGUGUAACAGUAACAAGUGGGGAUAUUUAUAGGUUACGCACGAGCUCUCCUCCGAAAUUGGAUACAUUCAAAUCUCCUAAAAAAUUGAAAGGUUUUAAUAAUUUAAGCAGGAAAAGUUCUGAUACGUCUGAUAUAUCGACGAAAUCGACAUCGUCUGUGAAAUGGAAAACAGGUGUUGUACAAGAUGUAAACAGAUUGGGUUCAGCGUUAGUCAUGGACGAUCGUCUCUCACCGCGAGUUAAAUCAGGCGUCGAGUUAUCUAUUCUCAAAUCGUCAUCGGAAAUCAGUGAUGUGAAAUCGACAACCUUAAAUUAUUUGAAAUCCCGGGCAAAUUCUGCCUCAACAUCUGUCAGUUCCCCAGGGACGGGAGAAGUGAUCCCCUCUCCCCGGUCCCUCCCGGGUAGUGCUUGUCCUUCCCCUUCUCCCUGUAUUACGGAUAUUGAUUCGGAUGCUACAGCUAGGAGCUUUCCCUCGAGCAAGAAAUUCCGGGGGAGUCGGAACAGGGCGGAACCCCAGAAGAAGCAACAACUCCAUGCCUAUGUAGCCUGGGUCAAUUCACAACUCAAGAAGAAGCCUGGGGUGAGGCAGGUCGAGGAUCUCCGAAAUGACACCAAGGAUGGCGUGAUACUGGCCGAACUCAUUGAAAUCGUUGCGGGUGACAAGCUGCCAGGGAUUCACCAAGUGCCAUCCAACUAUGGAGAGAUGAAAGAAAAUGUUGAGAAGGUUCUUCAUUACAUGUCCACCAACAGGAUUCGCAUGCAUCAUGCCUCGGCAAAAGAUAUCGUGGAAGGUAACCUCAAAUCUACAAUGAGGCUGAUAUUGGCGAUAGCGGCACACUUCAAACCUCAUAGUGUAAAACAUUCCACACAGCAUUUAAACCGCACCACAGUAGGAUCGCCUCAUGCUGUUGGCAUUGCCCAGGGUGCAUCAGCUGCUCUUGCGGAGGCCAGGAGGACUGCAGCGAAGGCAGGAACUAGUUUCCGUGGGAACCGAUCACGUUAUAACAACAGUGAACGAAGGCGAACAUACCACGGAGGCAGCAGUUCUGAUCAGUUCAGUGAUUCUGAUCACAGUUUUGGUCACACUGAUCACGAUUUUAAGGGACGACGAGAUGAUGGUGAUGGUGCCAGCAAUGACAAAAGUCCACUGCCAAGUGCUCGCUUCAACGCUGCCCACCCACCCAACACACAACCUGUUAUCUCAAAGAGCCGUUCAUCAGAUUAUAUCUCGACUAGGGACAGCAGUUCUGACAGUAGUAACCUAACGCUGGUCAGCCAAAGUCAGGAAAUCCUGUCUGAGUAUCAAGGAUUGUCAGCCACCAUCAACAAAACCAGGACAGAUUUACUCAAACUUCAGGACCUGCUCCUGAGUGGCGAGCCCCCAGAUGGAGAGGAGAGUGGAGGGGGAGAAACGGCUACAUCCUCAUUACCAGAGGAACAGAUGGUAAUAAUGAAAAGUCAGCUCAUCCAAGCCACAGAGGUUUGUAAAGACCUCAGGGAGGAGCUCUCCAUGACCAAGGAUGAUUGUAUGCAGCUUCAGGGCACAAAGGCUGGGUUAAAUCAGAGACUUCUCGAACAAGAGGAGCGUAUUUCACAACUCAAUUCUGAGGUCCUGCGUGCUGACUUUGAAUAUCAGCGAUUUGAGUCAGAAAUAACGGAAAUGAAGCGAGCAUUACGAGAGAAAGACAAACUGAUUGUAGAUUUAAAGAAAGACAUUGCGAGAAGAGAUAAACAUAUUGACCAUCUUCAAAAUGAAGUCCAGUUACAGAUCCAGGAAAAAGAAAAUGCUACACGGUCGCUAAAGAUGCAAAUAUCUGAACUCCAUGAUCGGCUCAAGGUCGUAGGUCAAACAGGGGCCAACUUGUCAGCACGUGUUGCUUCUCAGGAUAAACGAAUGGCCCAGCUGGAGGGUAAAAUUCUGUCCUCGUCAGAUGAUGGCAGUAGUCAUAGGAGCGACAAUACCAGCUUUGUACGUAAAAAUUCUGUUCAGACAGGGACAGGUGAUGAACUACAGGUUGUGCGUGACUCACUACAUAACCUUCGACUCAGCUUCAAGGGCACAGACCCCCAGCAGCACACGAUAGACACACUAGAACAGAGUGUGUCUGCACUUCUGGAUAAGAUCACGAUGUCAGUCGGCUCUGCAGCAGGUGACUCACAGAGUGGCCUCGAUGUUACCUCACGACGCCUCAACUUUGACUCUACGGGUGAUGUCCGCAGAUCUCCAAUCACGUCCAUUCCAGGUAGUCAUACAAGUUUUCCAUACAAUCAUUUAGAUGGUGGUGGCCAGCAGACCUCAUCUUCUCCUGUCAGUGGUAAGGAGGCCACAAAAGUGUUAUAUUUCACCGACAAGUCAUUAAGUCCAUUCUCCUACACGAUACGAAAAAGAUUAGGGGAGAUAACCCUGAAGGAUUUUAAGUCUAUAUAUGAUAGACCUGGUAACUACAGAUACUCAUUCAAGGCUCUUGACCCUGAGUUUGGCACUGUCAAGGAGGAGGUAACCAAUGAUAUGGAUAUCAUACCAGGCUGGGAAGGAAAAAUAGUUGCCUGGAUCACAGAAGAUACGGGGACAUAGCACAGGAGAGUUGUGUCCCUUGGCUAUAUUAUCUGCCAUUUUAUCACACAGAGGAAAAUCUAUCUCUAGCACAGAUGAUGACCUGCCUUUGUACUUCGCUGUUCUCACUUACACAGGAAAAAGCUGCGGUCUUUAUGUGCAACUGGAUAAAAGGAUGAGAUCUGGUGAAAAAGAAAGUGUUCAUCUGUUUCUUAAGCACACAGCUGAAAUCAGAGAAUGCAUAUAUUUUAACUAAACAGGGUUGCUAUGGAAACAGAGGAUUUGUGAUAAAUACUUUGGAAUAUUUCUUAAACUAUGACUGAACGACUUUCGGACUUUAUCUCUUGUCAGACAUUUGUGUGACCGUUUAAAGUUUACUUGUGGCUAGUUAAAAAAAAAAAACCAGAUGUUUGGCUCCGAGCUGUAUAUAGUUCCAACUUUACAACUGUAAAAAACAGACUUUUACAUGGAGUUGGAGAGUACAAAACCACUUACUAAUGAAAACUAGUCUUUUUAGAGAAGAAACCAGACUUUUUUGGGUGUUCGAAAAAACUCAAAAUGAUACUAGACUUUAAACUGCAUUGGAAAUACCUGUUGUGAUAUAUACUACAGAACACUGUGGCAGUGGUUACAGUGAUAUUCUUGUGAAACCAUUUAUAACUCUCUUUACCAGUUGUUGUCUUACUGUUGUUGAAUGGUCUUGCCUAAUAUGAUAUUCAGUAUCCUAAAUGUUCACAUGUCCUUAAACCUUGGGAGUCUGCAUUUUUCUGUUGCGAUACAAUAUUGUGGAAGAACAAAGCCUAAACAGGUGCUAUAUGUAAGCUACAAUAUCUCCUAUAUUGUAUACACUGUUAUACUGUAACAUUCAAAACCAUCAUCGUUUUUUCAUUCAUUCCUAUUGUAUUCAAUAUUGAUGAUGCAUGUUUCAUGUCAUUUUAUUCCAACAGGACGUAAUAUAUCUCAGAGAUUACAUAUUAUCUGUUAGGAUGGUAAAGAAAUAUAUUUUGAACCCUAAGGUCAAUCCUGACAUAGUUCAUUCUAAAUUCUGAUUUUUUUUUACAAAAUAAAUAAACUUCUUUAAAUAAUUACAAAUUUUAUUUUAUUAUAGGUAUUUUUUUUCAAAAAGGGGUGCUUGUUUGACCAUAUUCUAUAUAGUUUGAUAAAGAAUAGAAUAUUUGUGAUAUACACAUAAUCUAUAUACUAUUGAUCAAUUCAUCUAUGGAUUCGCUUGAGUAAAUUCCUAACAUUACCAGGCCAAAGAGCAAUUAAGUAAUUAAUAAAAACAAACCGCAAACCUAGACCCAUUUGCUUCUGUUGGUUUAAUUGUGGUGAGGUACAGCCAGAUCUCUAUUUCAGAUCUCUGGCUGGUUUCACUUGCCACUGUUCAUGGAUUUUCUAAAUGGAGAUAAGUUGUUGAUUGCACUUGUCUUUUUGACUUCCAAGUAAAUGUUGUGUCUCUGACCCUGUCUAUACCAUUGGCUUCCAUUGUGAUUGGUGCCUAAAUCCAUUGUGUCAGUGUUUGUAAUCCAUUGUAAGACUGUGAACUUGAAAAUGAAAGGGUGAUUAUUCAGUUGAUAACUUAUAUACAAAUUCUGAAGGAAUUAAAGGGAGAUAAUCUUGAAGUCUUAUUAUCUCCCCUUGGUAGGUAUACUCUAUCUCAAUGCAAUAUCCCAUCACUAAAUUUGAGAAUUAUUUUUAGUUGUUGUUUCACAUCAAAGUUAUGAUUAUUUGAAUUUGUAAUUGAGUAAUCAAACGUUAAAGUAGACAACAUCACAAAUUUGUAGGUAUGAAGAUUUCACAUUGUCAUCAACUAUUGUCUAAAUGAUGUGAUAAUUAUUGAAUUGUUGAAUGUUUUCUUCAUCAUACAGUUUUACAUACCAGGGUCAAGGUCACAGAAUCAGCAGGUUUAUUAGGUCAUGUAACCACUUGAGGGUCAAGGUCACAGAAUCAUCAACUAAACUAUCAUGUGAUGACAACAUGAUCACAUCAAGCUUGUCUACUGAAGUGUGGCUUUUGAUCUAAUUGCUUUUAUGAAAAGUUCAUUACACAUUCUAUGUCUGGUGUACAUCAAUCAAAGACGUUGAUCAUUGUUCUACAAUGUGUCCAAUCUACCAGUGUUUAUAACAAAAUGUUCUAUUUGCCAGUACCAUUAUAUAAUUUCUGUAGGGAAAUUUUUUUUUCUCACAUCUUUUCUCUCUCUUCAUUAUACUGCCAAUGAAUUCAAGGAUGAUGAAAAUGUUAAUUUGUACAGCUGAAGUCAAAAUCUGCCUUGUUCAUUUUUUCUUCUUCUUACAAAACAAUGUUCCCCAGUGUGUCGGUAUGAUAAAAGAACAGAUAAAAAGGAUAUUUAGUGGAUUAAGCUUGUUCCAUUUAUCUGAAUAUUGAUAAAAUCUUCAAUUUUACUGUGCAUGUGAAAUUGUGCUGUGACACCUGUCCAAACAGUACAGUCUUAGAUCUGUCUCAUCACUAUUUUAUUUUGUUCUUUUUAUAAGAAAUGCUUACAGUUCAUAACACACAAAGAAUUUUAUUGUUUAUAUUUUGGUUUUGCUAAAGUAGAAUUUAUUUUCCCAAAAUGGCAGAUAGCUAUUUUUCAUGAUAAUGCAAAAAGAAACAUGCAAGUAAUUCUGCAUAUGAAAGUCUGUUUCCUAAAGAAUCCUAACUUUCAAUUAUACGCAAUCUUUAUUGAUAGAAUUGUGCAAUAUAUAUUGUAUGCUUGCACUUCAUGUGUCUGAUGUUUUUCCAUCAUAAUUGGUGUAAGUGUUUUAAAUGUACACUGUGCGAUUGUCGGAUGUUUCAUUGUUAUAACUUUACCAAUCAAUCUGUGAAGUUUUCCUUAUUAAUUUGUGCCUUAUUAGUUUGUUGUAGUUUAAAACUGUUUUCUGUCGAAGAAUUAGGUGCUGCUGAUCAAGGUUCUAAAGCAAAUCAAUGCUUCUUUUGUUUUCUAUGUUAUAAGUUUGUUAUCUUUUCAGUAUAUAAAAAGUAAAGUAGUCGUCACCAUGACUUAAGACCAAUUCAAUGCUACUUUCAUUUUCUAUAUGAUUAUCAUUGUUUUAUCAUCCAUUCUGUGUGACAAAAUGAGUUGAUUAUUAUAACCAUUAAAUAUAUGUAAUGUUCUACUUUCAUUUUCCAAAUAUAUAUCACUAUGUCAUCAUUGAUAACAUUUUUCCAUGUCACUAAAUGAAGCACUUAUGCUCAUAGACCAAUAAUGACUUAUUUUCUAUAAAGAAAUCACAAUAUGAUAUUGUUUUUUUUUAUAUGUAUAUUUUCAAAAACCAAAUGUUCCAUACUUUCCAAUUGUUGUCAAGUUUUUGUUUAUAAGUUUGUUCUGAAGUCAUUAGACUGUUGCACUGUCUUCAAAAGCAAUAUUUUUUGCACAUUAUAAUGAUGAAAUAUGACUCUGAGGUAGAUCUGAAUGUUCAAUUUUAUUUUUUUUUUCUUAUUUCAUUCUUUUACAAACAAAUUAGUUGAUGUUAGUUAUGAGAUUAUUAAUAACAUGUAAAAAAAGUCUCAGAAUACUUUGCUUAAUUAGAUUUUUUCAAACCAAAGACAUUUUUGGAUGAGAAUGUGACACUAGAGCAACUGUACUCUAGUAUUUUUUUAUUCUGACUUUUAAAUAUCUGAUAAAUUCAUACAUUAAAAUGCAGCAUUGUCUUGGAGCUAACAUGGUGUAAACUUGAUUUGACUGCUCUCGUGAAAUUGAUUCCAAAAUUUAUAUUUAAAAAGGUGGUUUUGGUCAGAGAUUUGUAAACAGAACACUUUCUUAAGUUCUGAGGUCAGAGGUGAAAGGUCAUGGGUAUUAGGUGAGGUGUUAUUCUUAGCUUUUAGUUUGUUAAUUUGUAUUUUCUGAUUGAAAUAGAUAUGUCAUAAUUUGUUUUUUAUGUGCUAAGUUAUUUCUAUAUACCAUAACUAUUUAUUGUUUGAAUACUUAAGUGAUCAGCUUGUUUUUUAAUUUUCUGUCUCUAGAAAGAUCUGCCAUACACCAGGUUUUGUUCUAUGUGAAUAUUCUACAACUCUACACAAGCUGUUCUAUUUCCUACACAAGUUUAUACCAUUUCUGUUUUUUCAUUUUUUGUGUGCGAUAUAUCUUUAUUUCAUGAUUAUAUAUCAUUUCUGUUUCUUUACUUGUUGAUUUUUCCUCAAUGUAAUUACUACAGCAAAACUUUCAUAAUAUUUUAAUUUAGUUUGUUUAAAUAUUUUAUGCAUGGAAACUAUUUUUCAUUGGCAGUAAUUGAAGAAAAAAAUAUGACACAAUUAUUCAUGACAAUUUCCCCUCAUUAUGCAAACAAAUUAUCAUAAUAAGCAAAAUUGAACAAUGUUAAAACACAAUUUCAUGUUGUUUCAUAAUACCAUACUAUGCUAUUCCAAUCACAAUUAACUGAAAAACAGCAGUUAUCAUUUUUGUAAAGAGAAGCAACUUCAUUCUGUGUUCAAGUUUUCCACAUUUAGCUUUCAGACAUUCUGUGUUGUAAAAAACUGAUGAAAUAUUACAUUGUAUUAAUAUUAAACCGAAAGUAUUUGUACCCCUGAAAUUUCACACACAUCUAUCCAUGUACACCUUAAGAUUUUUUUAGAAAUAUCUGGUGGUACAGAAUAAAACACAUUGUGAUACUGGUCUAUAAACUGCCAUAAUCUUGUAUAUCAUCAAACUUUCACUGCCAUUAUAAAGUAUAUCAUGCACCAGAGACAUAAAUUUAACACUUUCCACCAAGAAGCCAUCUCUAGAAGAGUUGUCUUCCUUGCUUUCGUUUGAAAGUAUACAUACCACUAAGCACUUUGGGAGAUAUUGAUGGAGAAUUCCUGAGAUCACUAUGGUGAUAAUCUCUCCCAGGUGAAAUUUCUAGUCAGUUGAUUUUUAUUUCCAAUGUUUACUUAUGAUAUUGUCUUUAAGCUGAGGUAAUGACUAGGAGACAUUACCUGUAUUUAUCAAUGAAUACUGCAGUGGUCAGUUUUAAUAGGAUAUUCUUACGUUCCAGUGGUCAGUGUAUCGUGGGAUAUUCUAAUGUUCCAGUGGUCAGUGUAUCGUGGGAUAUUCAAAUGUUCCAGCGGUCAGUUUAUCGUGGGAUAUUCUAAUGUUCCAGUGGUCAGUGUAUUGUGGGAUAUUCUAAUGUUCCACUGGUCAGUUUAUCGUGAACUGUCUGGAGGAGUAUAUUUGAUACCUCUAUUGUAUUAUGUUGAUUUCAGGCCUUAGUUUUGUUGAUGCAUCAAAAUAAAGCUUGUUGUAAAAG